ACCAGCAGCAGCAAAUCACAGUGUGUACUGUAAGAGUUAGAGAUAGAAGAAGUCAGUACUGUAAGUCAGCGUUUAGACUUGUUAACAGAUUAAUGACAGCUAAACUUCUCUUCAGUGUGGCUAUUAACCGAACAUGUGUCCUGUGGAGAUGAUCCAGUAGUUUAAAGAGUGUGUGAUGGCAGAGCUCCCGUCUGGACUGCUGGAGGCAUGUGUAGUGAUUGGAGCGCCCAGUGAUAAGCUUCGAGACAUAUACCAGCUCCAUCAACAGAGUAAGUUAAACGAACUGCCCCUGUUGGAAGCUGAGGUGCUGCAGGUCCACGCCCCGCCAUUUGUUUUCAAGGAGACCAACUCCAGCCAUUUAAUUGGACCAGCUUUCAGUCGCGUCCAGAGGAGGAGGAGCUUCAUCAAAAAGAAGAGGCGAGAUCGUGCUGCGGAGGUGUUGCCUAAUGGAGAAACAACCAAUCGUACUGAGUCGUCCUCAGCAACAGAGGACAUCAGUGUUCCAAAGGAUCUGGACCUCAUCGCUCUGCCGCAGCUCUGUUUCCCCGGUGGUCUUCAGUUAGCCAAUGAGCCGAGAGAAGACAGUUAUCACUUCCUGGUUUUUACCGACCUGUUUGGGAACCGAACCCAUGGAGUUGUCGUGCAGUACUACAGAGCUGUGCAGUCCUGUCAGGAAGGAUCUGUCCAGAAUGGCCACAGGUGGAAUUCAUCAAAGUCCCGCCUCUACACCCCUUUUGCUCUGUGUGUCAUCUCCAAGUUCCCCUACUACAACGCUCUGAAAGACUGCUUGUCAUGUCUCCUGGUCCAGUUGCGGCCUGCAAGACAAGCCGACAUUGAGGAGACCAUAAAGGAAUUUUCAGCCAAGCUGUCCCUCGUUCCGUUACCGCCUCCUGGACAGCUACAUGUGUCCUUCACCCUCCGUCCCCUCCACAUCAUUCUUCCAUCAAGGGAGAACCAGGACAGCCCCGUUAUCGACAUCGACCUGCAUCUUCCUUUCCUCUGUUUCUCACACACAACACUGCUCCAGGUGCUGUCCUGCCUCCUUCAAGAGCAGAGGCUGGUAUUCUUCUCUGCCGACUGGGCCAGACUCACUCUGGUCGCAGAGAGUUUGCUUCUCUACCUGCAGCCUCUGUCCUGGCAGCAGCCCUAUGUUCCUGUCUUGUCUCGAGGAAUGCUGGACUUCCUCAUGGCCCCCACAGCCUUCCUGAUGGGCUGUCAUAUCAGUCACUUUGAGGAGGUCGCUGCAGAGACAGAGGAACUAAUUCUGGUGAAUGUUGAUGACGGCAUCAUUCAGUCGUCAUGGUCUGAAACCAUUGACCUCCCAGCUAUCCCUCAGGCCGCAGCUGAGAGCUUUAUGUCAAGGGCAGAGUGUCUCCAGCUUCACUACGACUUGGAGCUUUGUCACCUUGGAGCGGGCACCGAUGUCAACACCCUGCGAUGCCAACGCAGAGACUGGCAGACACGUCUCAACACACAGAUACAAAACAUCGCCCUGGAGCUGGUGGUCAACAUCUUCAGAGGCGUCCAGGACUUUCUAAACCAUGAACACAGAGUUUUUAACAGCGAGGAGUUUCUGAGGACCAGGGAGCCAGCAGACCAGAUCUUUUACAAGAAGGCGUUAGACACACACAUCUUUCACUCAUUCCUGCGAGACAGGCUGAACAGGAAACAGGACACCUUCAGCCGCAUGGAGCAGAACACGCGUAACCAUGCACACAGGAACCGUGCGAUGACGGAGAGUCCACGGCGUCCUCCCCUGUCUGAUCUGUCCCGGGCCGGCUACACCAGCUACACCAGCCCCAACGACAGGCUGAGCAAGAGGCUGGGAGCCAGCCUGCCCAACCUGGAUCAACCUGCCAACGAUGCCGUGACCGCCAUCAGCUCCAACAGACCAGCCUCCCUCAAGAAGAUGACUCCUGAUGCCGGGUUGAAGUCUCCUCCGAAAACGGUGAAGAUUUUCCGCCUCCCUGAGUUCCCGCCUCCGCUGGCCUAUCACUACGUCCAGAACUACUAUUCUGACAUGGUCUCUUUGCUGGGGAAGGCUAUUAACGCUACACUACCUGAGGAAUCUGCUCUGCUGGCCAGGUACCACUACCUGCGAGGUUUGGUAAACACUGUGUCCAACAAGCGGCUGGACGCUCUGGAGGACUUCCAGAGUCUUUAUAAGACCGACUCGGACAUCUUCCCCUCUCAGAUGGUGAAGACGCUGGUUGACUCUCUGCCAGAAGCUGAACGGUUACAGACGGACAAACGGCCAGAGCUGAAAUGGCUCAUCAGUCGGGUCAAGAGGGACCAGGAGCGGGAACUGGCGCGUAACGGCAACACGCACGAGGAAGAUUCCGUUAAGCGUUUCCAGCUGCCGAAAAAAUACAUGCAGCUGGAGGAGUUUGUGAAAUGUAUCCAGGAGUCCGGCAUCGUAAAAGACCAUGGCACCAUACAUAGACUCUUUGACGCUCUCACUGUAGGUCAUCAGAAGCAAGUUGGUCCAGAGUUGUUUCGAGUCUUCUACACCAUCUGGAAGGAGACAGAGGCGGAGGCACAGGAGGUGUGCUUGCCAGCGUCCGUCUUGGAGCACAUCGAGCCCACCGAGUGCGUCUUCAAGCUGUCCUCCUCUGUCAAGACGAGCCGUGGUGUGGGGAAGAUCGCCAUGACUCAGCGACGGCUCUUCUUGCUGACCGAUGGACGGCCGGGAUACGUGGAGGUGGCACAGUACCGAGAUUUAGAGGAUGUGAAAGUGUCCUCGGCUCCCUUCCUGCUGCUGCGAAUCCCCAGCCUGAAGCUGCGUGUUCAGGGCAGGAAGGAGACCUUCGAGGCCAAUUUGAAAACGGAGACUGAGCUGUGGAACCUGAUGGUCAAAGAGAUGUGGGCCGGGCGCAACAUGGCUGACCAACACAAGGACCCCCAGUACAUGCAGCAGGCUCUGACCAACGCCUUGUUAAUGGACGCAGUGGUGGGCAGCCUUCAGAGCAGUAAGGCCAUCUACGCUGCCUCCAAGCUGGCUCACUUUGACCGCAUCAAGACGGAAGUGCCGAUGAUGGUUCCCAAGACAACUGCGGAGACGCUGAAGCACAAAAUCAACCCCUCGCUGGAGCUCGCUGCACCUCAGGCUGUAGAUGUUCUCCUGUACACACCAGGUCAGUUAUGGGUGUCUGUGAGCUUGGGGAAGGUGAUGGUGUUUGAUGCCUCCAGCUGGUCCCUCACACACACCUGCCAUGUCGGGAAUGCAAAACUGAACUGUAUGCUGGGAGUUGAUAAGGACCAGGUCUGGAUGGGCUCUGAGGACUCUGUUAUCUACAUCAUCAGCAUGGUGGCCAUGGUCUGUAACAGACAGCUGACUGAACACAGGGCGGAGGUCACCGGACUGGCACUUGACACAGACAAAUACAGCCAGAAGGUGGCGUACUCCUGCAGCGCAGAGGGAAGCGUCAUGGUGUGGGACGUCUCGACACUACAGGCAAAGAAGCACUUUCGCCUCUCCUGCGGCCGCCUGCAGUCCGUCUACAGCAGCAACGGGACACUGUGGUGCUGCUCCAGUGACAAUAUAAUGGAGGUGUGGAGGAACGGUUUAUUGAAACAUCGUCUGAAUCUACUAGAGCAACAACGAGGAUCCGCGGCUACAUUCAGCUCGAUACUGCUGAUACCUGAGCUGGAGGAGCUGUGGAGUGUUUCUGGGGACUCAGGAGAAGUGUGUAUUUGGCACAUUAAGGACACUUCCAAACCGUAUCACCGCGUGACUCUACAGGACUGCACCGGAUGUUUCUGCUUGAUCAAAGUUAAAGACCAGGUGUGGGUCGGCGGCCGGAGCUCUACCAAAGGGAAGAUUUACAUCCUGGACACAAAUCGCCACCAGGUCCAGAAGGAGCUUCACGGCCACAACGACAAAGUGACGGCGCUCUGUUCCGCGGAGGAUCGGUACGUCCUCAGCGGAGCUGGCAAACAAGACGGAAAGAUUGCCAUCUGGAAGGUGGAGUAGAGCGGUAGACCAUCUGGAAAUGGACUCAUUAUAAUGUUGGAGCCAUCGCUCCGUUAAAAAAACUACUCUGAGACUUCCUCAGCGAGAAGAGGAGGAGUGAAGAUCUGUGUUUGGAAAGCAGAUCAAUAUCACAACCUCGACUUGCUUCUGCACCUCAGAGAUAUGAAAGAAUCACAUGGCGGUCACGUGAAGCGACAGGUUUACAUGAAGUGU